AUGGCUAGUGAUCAAGAAAACUCACAAGAUGCAAAUGCUCCUGAUGAUACUUCAGAAAAAGAAAUUACACGAGGCAUCACUAUUAUGAAGAGUAUCAUUCGUGAUAGAGAUAAAGCAGUAACAUAUAAUGUAAAUUGGAAUGCUGAUAACCAACUAAUUGGGUCUAAUGCUGCAAAGUUGGCAAGCUACAUUGGUACACUUGUUCGUAUGCACAUUCCAAUCACUGCUACAAGAUGGAGUAAUAAAGAGUUGGGUAGCGCUAAAGAUAAGAUUUGGACUGAGAUACUGAGGUCUUUUAACAUUGAAGAUACAACUAUCCGAAAAAAGUAUAUACUUCAAUUGGCCGGAAAAAGACACAGAGGGUGGAGAACGUUUUUAACAAACAAGUAUCUUAAGGAUAAAGAAAAUUUUUUUGUUGAAUAUGAUCCGGAAUAUCCAGUGAAGUAUGCGAUCUUCAUUACAGAAGAAGAAUGGGUUGCUUUUGUAGCCCAAAGAAGAGACGAAAAUUUCAAGAAAGUGAGUGCCACAAAUCGCGAGAGAGCGUCAAAUCCCACGUAUGCAUACAAAAAAGGGCGUUUGGGAUAUGCACGCUUAGAGGAAAAAAUUUUAGACGAGACGAAAAGUGACGCAACAUCACUUCCGCCACAUGUUUUGUGGAAAGAAGCUCGUGUGGGAAAGGAUGGAACUGUUAGGGAUGACGUUCAACAUAUUUAUGAUGAAUGUGAGACCCUAUCUCAAUCGAUAAGCACAGCUGAGGACCAGGAGAACAGGAGCGUACUUAGUAGAGCACUAAAUGUUCCUGAGUAUCCCGGUCGGGUGAGGGGUAAAGGGCAUGGUUGUACUCCAACUUCCUUGUAUAAGAAUCCAAGGAGAAGAAAUCCUAGCAAUCAAGAAGUGAUGGAGACGUUGCAGGCAUUACAAGCGCAAGUUCUUCAAUUGCAAAAGGAUAAUGAGAGAUAUAGGUGUAUGGAAAAGUGCAGUUCACAGUUGAAAGAAACUAGUGAGAAAGCCAGUAUCAAUUGUCAAAAUAAAUUUCCCGAGGGCAUUUCAUCUUGUCAGCUAUACUUAUCGUCACCGACUUAUCGCCUAGUUGGCAAGGGAAAAGUGCACAACACUUCGGGAGAUUUACUUCACCAUAGACCGCUCCCGGAUGGACACCUUAAAGUAUCGGUUGAUGUUGUAUUAGAUAAGGAUGCGUUGCUACCGAUACCUGACAUUGUUUCAGAGACAACAUUGCUGCGAGAUGCAAUAGGAUCAUUUGUUGCAUGGCCCUUGGAUCUCAUUUUCAUUGAUGAUGAGACGCCUACAAAACCCGCAUCUAAGGAUAAAGGGAUUUUGCGGCACAACGAGUCUGUUGCAUCACAAAAAGAGGUAUUUGCUCAAGGGUCACAACAACUGAGCCAGAAAAUUGGUAGUCGACAGAAAAACAAAAGGGAUCUUCCAGUGACUUAUUUGCCAAAAAAAGGUGCUUUUGUGCCUCGAUACCAGAUAUCUCUUGAAACACUUGUUGACUCAUCAGAUAUGGCAACAGCUGGUGCUAUUCGCUUACUGGAUAUGGAGGAAGAUAUCUUUGGUUAUUCAUGCACUGAAACAAUCGGAAAAGAAGAUCUGGAACAUAUUUUUCGGCAUCAAGAAUUAGGCGUCGGUGUUAUACACACAUACAUCCGGUUCUUGUAUGACAAUUUCAUGCGCGGGAAUGAUCAAUUGUCAAACAGAUUCCGUUUCGUGUCUUCCUCCCUGGUCAACAAAGCAUUAAUUUGUAGGGAACCGGAUUCAUGUAGAGAGUACUUAGUCAAGAGAUUCAUGGCCAGCAGUACAAACAACUUGUAUCUUUGGCCGUAUAAUUCAGGGUGUCACUGGUUGUUGCUUGCUAUUGAUCCUUUAAAAGAAGUGGUAUAUUUUCUGAAUUCGAUAGAUGGUGAAUGGACAAAUUAUCCGGAUAUGAAGCAAUUAGUUGAUACAUCAAUAAAAGUGUUCCGAUCUCAAAGACAAGCUCGAGUACCACGUACUAAAUCCAGCAACAUUACGUGGAUAAAAGUGCAGGUACUUUAAUUUUCACAAUUUUGC